AUGGUGUACAGUGGUGUUAUGAGACUGAUAAUGUCACCUCAGGCCAUGAUAGCUGCAGGAAGGUUUAUAAGUUGCUACCGCAACCUUUGGCUGGCCGAUAUGUUCGUGCGCCUUGGUCAUGUCGAGUGGGGCGGAGGCAUGGCUGCUUGUCGCGACAUCGAAUCUCAGCGUCACGAAUCUCAGGGAUCCCUGGAGAACACGACAAUGAUUGGGAACGAUGGGCCGACCAACUUGGAGAAGGAGCAGUCCCCAACAUACAUAUCCAAAGAGAAAGCACGAAUCGCUGCAUCUCAGGUGAAUGGGCCUGUACUGGUGGAGGACGCCUGCCUAUGUUUUAAUGCGCUCAAAGGCCUACCAGGACCCUACAUAAAGUGGUUUCUUGAGAAGAUUGGGCAUGAAGGUUUAAAUAAUCUGUUAAAAGCUUAUGAAGAUAAAUCAGCGUUCGCUAUGUGCAUCUUCUCUCUUGCUCUUGGACCUGGAGAGGAACCAAUCACAUUUGUUGGCAAAACUGUGGUAAGAUGCCAUUUUCUGUUUGGAAAGAUCGUGCCUGCUAGAGGCCCUAACGAUUUUGGGUGGGAUCCUGUGUUCCAGCCAGAUGGUUUUGAACAAACAUAUGCUAAGAUGCCCAAGUCAGUGAAGAACUAA